AUGAAGCAAGAAAAUACUAGCAAUUUCGACAUUAUAGUAAUAGGCGGGGGGCACGCGGGGAUUGAAGCCUCUUUAAUUAGUUCCCGCUUAGACCAGAAAGUGGCUUUAAUUACUCUGGAUAAAUCUAAAAUUGGUCUCAUGCCUUGUAAUCCGUCAGUGGGCGGCGCAGCCAAAGGAAUAGUAGUGCGAGAAAUUGACGCCUUGGGGGGAGAAAUGGGCCAAGCCGCCGACGCUACUGCUCUCCAAUUUAAAUUAUUAAACACAGCAGGCGGACCAGCCAUUCAAGCAUUAAGAGUUCAAUCAGAUAAAAUUACUUAUGCUUGCUAUAUGCAAAAAGUAGUAAGCGAACAAGGAAAUUUAACUAUUAUUCAAGGAGCAGUUGACAAUUUAUUGAUUAAAGAAGGAAAAAUAGAAGGAGUAGAACUAAACAAUGGAAAGGUUAUUCACUCCCAAGUGAUAAUAUUAACUACUGGUACUUAUUUACAACCAAUUACCCAUAAAGGUAAAGAAAGUAAAAUAGAAGGACCAGACGGCGAAAAAAAAGUAGUAAAUAAUAUUUCUCAGCAAUUACAGCAAUUAGGUUUUAAAUUAAAACGUUUUAAAACUGGCACUAGUCCGCGGAUUUUAACUAACACGAUUGAUUUUUCUAACCUAAAAACAGAACCAGGCACUAAUUUGCCAUUAAGAUUUUCCUCGCGGAGUGAUUUUUCUCAAUUAUUACCUUUCAAAAAACAAUUACCUUGCUAUUUACUUCACACUAAUGAAAAAACCCACCAAAUUGUUCGGGAGAAUUUUCACUUAUCUCCGAUUUUUCAUAAAAAAAAUAUCGGCACUGGUCCGCGCUAUUGUCCCAGCAUUGAAGACAAGAUUUUUCGUUUUGCUGAUAAAGAACGACACCAAAUAUUUUUGGAGCCGGAAUCUUGCGAAUUAGACACUACCUAUAUUCAAGGUUUAUCUACUUCUUUGCCCACCGAAAUCCAAGCGGAGAUUUUAAAAACUUUGCCCGAAACUAAAUUAGUUGAAGGGUUAUUUACCGCUGGACAGAUUAAUGGCACCACUGGCUAUGAGGAAGCUGCUGCCCAAGGUCUAAUCGCAGGAAUAAAUGCUAGUCGCAAAUUAAAAAAAAAAGAACCUUUGAUUUUGAAAAGAAGUGAGGCUUAUAUUGGAGUAUUAAUUGAGGAUUUAGUAACCAAAGAAAUUAAUGACCCUUACCGUCUUUUAACUUCCCGUGCUGAAUAUCGUUUAUUAUUAAGGCAUGACAAUGUUUAUACUCGCUUAUGA